AUGUCUAGCUUCUUUCAAACAUCUAACGGUCCUAGUGACUUUACCUCGACUUUCAAAGCUGCUAUAACAUUACAAGAACUCUCGAAACCGGUACAACAACAUUUAGUUCGUGUUUAUAUUACCUUGGCGGGUCUUGCUGCCUGCUUGGCUGUUGGCGCUUACCUCCACGUUAAUCAAUUGUUCUUGUUUGGGGGCGGCUUUCUUUCAUUUUUGAUCGGUCUUUUCUCGGUUAUCGGUGUUGUGGGAUUGCCUGAUACACCGGAAAAUAAGUACCUCAGAUAUGGACUCUUAUAUAAUUUCGCCUUUAUGGAAGGACUCUCUAUUGGACCACUUAUACAAUACACACUACAUGUUGAUUAUUCUGGAUCAUUGAUUGUGAAAGCUUGUAUAGCCACAAGCCUAAUAUUCGUUAGUUUCACGUUAAGCGCCUUAUUCAGCAAAAGAAGAGAGUAUAUUUACUUGGGCGGAAUCUUAGGGUCGGCACUCUCUAUCCUGGGAUGUGUUUCGAUCUUAAACUUGUUUUUAAGAUCGAAAAUCUUGUUCUCAAUGGAACUGUAUCUUGGAUUAUUUAUGUUUUGUGGUUAUGUUCUUUAUGAUACACAACUAAUUUUAUAUCGAGCUUCGAAACUCGGAUCGAGAGACGUAGUAGGUCACUCGUUAGAUCUCUUCAUUGAUCUUGUUGGUAUCUUCGUCAGAGUCUUGAUCGCGUUAACUAGGAAUGCUGAAGAGAAAGAAGACCAAAAACGAAGAAAGAGAAGUUAA